AUGGCCGACAACGUCGCACAGUCGGCUGCCCAGGGUCACUACACGCCAGCCGACGAAGCCGCGCUCGAGAAGAAAGCGCGGGCCAUUGCCGAGUGUUACCUCGACUCGCUGGUCCACCCUAGAGUGCAGGUGAACAUUUCUACCGACAUGGCGGAUGGCAUAUUGGACGCAUUGAAUAGUGGGAUGGUGGACAGAGGCCUUUUCCACGUUGCCACCAUGAGCAUAUUUACCGUGCUCGUGUACGAAUGGAAAAAAUUCUGCCGGCAUAGGUUUUCGCCUGCAUCUGCUGCCGGUGACGGAGGCUGCGAGAAGAAGAAAUUGCUCACCCCGCACCCGUCAUUCAUCGCACCCGACUAUCUGCGUAUGGACAUCAACAGCUACCAGAAACAGCUUUCCCAACACGAAGACGAUCCACCCAGGUUGAGCUUCUCGCUCACCAGAGGGCUCCGUAAGCUAAUCCCGCUGCCGAAGGAGUUUGACGGUGGCGACCCUCCGCUGCAACACACAUCGCGCAUGUCGAUGACGACCCAAGAUCGGCACGCGUUCGCUCCCGCUAACCCCGGCCGGGCCCCGUCCACCCUAAUCAACCACAGUCGGGCCCCGUCCACCCUCAUCAACCACAGUCGGGCCCCGUCUACGAUGAGGGGACGGCGAAUGUCGUACGACAGACGAGGAUUGGAUGCUGCGUGGGAGGAUGAUGCGAGCAAGCAAGGGCGUGACCACGACGUACGCAGCGGGGAGAGGCUUCCUGUGCUGCCCUAGCACCUAUACCAGCACCGAGCAGAAUUACACAGAGAAGACAGAUAGGAGAAAUCGGAAAAAAA